AUGAACAGAAUGGUGGAUACGCGGGCUAACGACUAUUCAGAAACCAGUAACAAUGCUCGGAAUCAUCCCAGAAAUCAACAUGGGCCCGUACCUCUGGGAGCUAGUAUCCUUAACAAUCUUGGGCAUCAAAUUCUGGAGGAAUUAGGGCAACUAAGGAACAAUCGGCAAAACGAGAGGACUCGACUCUUUUCGGAGUUCAGAAAACAAAGGCCCCUGAAGUUAACAGGAGUACCAGACCCGAAGGUAGCUGAGAAUUGGCUUCGACAGAUAGAGAAGAUGCUAGACACUAUAGGAAUAACCGAAGAUGCCGAUAGAAUAACCUUGGCCGUAUUCGAGCUUGAUGAUAAAGCUGAUCAUUGGUGGGAACUAAUCAAGAAUAUGCAUGAUGUUACCAACAUGUCAUGGAACCAGUUUAAGGAAUUGUUCUUGAAUAAAUACUUUCCAAGUACAGUUCGUCGAGAGCGAGUAAGGGAAUUCCAAAACCUGGAGCAAGGAAAUAUGACCGUAACCCAAUACGCUGCAAAAUUUGAAGAGUUAGCCCGUUACGCAACUACAUAUGUAGCAAAUGAUGAAGAGAAAGCAAGGAUAUUUGAUUGGGGCCUAGACCUUACAAUCAGGGGAAGAGUUCUCCCGCAACGACUCCACUCAUAUGCCGACGUGUUGGAAACGACAUUAGAAUCUGAAAAGGAAGUAGCCGAUGCUAGGAAGACUUGGAACAAGCGGAAAGGGGGUCAUACAUCUGGAGGAGGUUUCAGAGCAAAUGCCCAGGCGUUAGGUAGACAGAAGCAUUGGACAAACAAGACAGGAUCUACCAGGCAGCAACACCAGAAGAGUGAAGAAACUCAGAAUGCCAGGACCAGUGGCAACCAGAAGGCAACCGGCAGAGUCUUUGCCUUGCAAGAGGAAGAAGCAGACCCGUCUGUAAUUGAGGGUAAUUUAGUGCUAUACAAUUCUUGGAUGCAUGUUUUAUUUGAUACUGGUGCAUCACAUUCUUUUAUAUCCUCUGCUUGUUCUAAGUCAUUAGAACUUGUAUGUGAACCCUUAGAGACUACCUUAAAUGUAAUGUCACCUAUGGGAGGAUGCGUUCGAAUAGGGUUAAUCUGUAAGGAUUGUAAAAUAAGAGUGUCGAACCUACACUUAACUUGCGACCUUCGUGUCAUGGAAAUGUUAGACUUCGAUAUCAUCUUGGGCAUGGACUGGUUGUCUGCCCACCAAGCAGUGAUCGACUGCCGUCUGAGGAAAGUAGUAGCUCACAUGCUUGACGGAACACGUUUCCAGUUUAAAGGGGAUAGACAAGACUACAUGACUUCAACAAAAUGUAAGACACGGUGGCACGAUCAACUUGCAAGUAAGAUAGCAAGUUUGAUUUUAAAUGAGGAGGGCCAAGAAGAAUUAGAACUUCCGCGUGUAGUACGUGAAUAUGCAGAUAUAUUUCCUACGGAAUUACCGGGAUUGCCACCAACCCAGAAGGUAGACUUUAGUAUUGAGCUACAACCUAGAACUACCCCAAUAUCCAUGGCCCCAUAUCGUAUGGCACCAGUAUAA